AUGGAUUCCUCAACUAUCGUCAAAGUGACCGUGAAGACCCUCAAGCAGAAGGAGCAGUUUGAGGUUGCUCAGAGCAGCACCAUCCAGGAGUUUAAGGAAGAAGUUGCCAAGCGUUUCAAAACACGCCCUGAUCUGCUGGUCCUGGUAUUUGCUGGCAGAGUCCUCAAGGAUCAAGACACUUUGAGCCAGCAUGGAAUUCACAGUGGGGUCAGCAUCCAUGUGGUCAUCAGCCAGGAAGUAGUGGCCCAGUACAUGGAGAACCUCUUGUCUGGGAUGCUCAGUUCAGACCUGGAUCUGAACAUCAUCAACAACAAUGCGUUUUUGCUGGGCUUCUUCCUUGGGGUGACAGGUGUCCCUCUCAUCGACCUGGACUCAAUAAACAUGUUGGACACCAUGGUGGACAACAUUCAAGAACAAGAUGUGUUCAUUUACAAUUUGAUAAGCAAGAUGUUGCAGAGCACCUCUGUGCACAACAUCCUUGACAAUGCCAAUCUUGUCAGGGAUCUUGUCAUGUCCCACCCUCAGAUGCAGCAGCUGGCUGAAGAAAAUCCCGAGAUCUGUCAGAUUCUCACUGACCCAAAUACCAUCAGAGAAAUAUUAGAUGCCUGCAACAGUCCUGCCAUGCUGCAAGAGAUGAUAAGGAACUGCGAUGUGGCCAUGAGCAACUUGGAAAGCAUUCCUGGUGGGCACAGAGCUCUGGAACAGCAGUUCAGGGAAAUCGAGGAGACAUUCUUGAAUGCUGUGCAGGCACGGCUGGGCAACAACCCCUUCGCUUCCGUGGGCAGUAACCCACCCCCGAGCGGAGCCGGGCUACCAGCCCACACCGAAAACCGGAGGCCGUUGCCCAACCCUUGGGCUCCGCCGUCCGACAGAGUCGGUCAUGGUGGAGGUGACGAUGACGACGAGUUUGCCGGCAGCAGCGCAGAAUUCAUGUUCAACCUGGCGACCGCCUUAACAAACCCCCACGGCCCGGCGCAAACGCUGCUGAGCGGCGCUCGUGCUUCAAGCAAAGGAAAUUCUCCACCCCAAGAUCAAUGGAGGCAGCCGCUGCCACCGGAGAUGGAGACGGCUGAGAACUCAUCCUUGCUGACAAAGCCCAGAGCACUGCAGGCGUUGCUGCAGAUCCAGCUGGGACUACGCACCCUCUCAAGAGAAGCACCAGAGUUUAUGUCUAGUGUGUGGGACCCGAAUGGGGAGCUGGAUGAGGAAAGGAUGGACUACUCAGAAGAAGACGAGGAGUCUGAGGAAGAGGCAAUUUUGAUGUCAGACAAGGAUGAAGCAAAAGGUCAGGUGGAGACGGAUGAGGAGGUGCCACAGACCAGAUUUAAGAGACAAAUGGAGCAGCUCAGUGCCAUGGGCUUCCAGGACCAAAGAGCAAACCUGCAGGCGCUGAUUGAAGCAGAAGGAGACAUCAGUGCAGCAGUGCAGAUAUUGGCAAAAUCACCAUCAUCAAACAAGAUACCGUAG